CCGCGUGCGUCACACGGUACAGGAGCGUAGCGUCGCGCGCGCGCGCUCUUCUUCCAACAGCAAUAACGCCACCACAUCCCUCUCUCUCUCUCUCUCUCUCUGUCUCUGUCUCUCUCUCUGUCUCUCUCCUGUUUGAACGCAAUGCAAAACCAAAAGGUAAAAUGCUCUGUGUCUGGCAUGGCAUAGAUUCUGAAGCAUCCGUGGCGUGUUUUCUUCUGAGCUGCUUCCUGUAGAAGAUCUCCUGCUGCUUCCUGUAGAAGAUCUCCAGCUGCUUCCUGUAGAAGAUCUCCUGCUGCUGUCUCCGGGACUCUGCAGAAGAGCGUUGAGAUCUCACCGAGUUCACACUGAUUUCACCCUGAGUGGAUCGUACCAGCAUGCCAGAGCAAAGCAAUGACUACCGUGUGGUGGUGUUCGGGGCUGGAGGUGUUGGCAAGAGCUCCCUGGUCCUUCGAUUCGUAAAGGGAACAUUCAGGGACACGUACAUCCCCACGGUGGAGGAUACGUACCGACAGGUGAUCAGCUGUGACAAGAGUGUGUGUACACUGGAGAUCACCGACACGACAGGCAGCCACCAGUUCCCGGCAAUGCAGCGCCUUUCCAUCUCCAAGGGUCACGCCUUCAUCCUGGUCUACUCCAUUACCAGCCGCCAAUCGCUGGAGGAGCUCAAACCGAUCUACCAGCAGGUGCUGGCCAUCAAGGGGAAUGUGGAGGGCAUUCCAAUCAUGCUGGUGGGCAACAAAAGUGAUGAGAGCCAACGUGAGGUUGAUACCAAGGAAGGGGAGGCGCAGGCCAACAGCUGGAAGUGUGCCUUCAUGGAGACGUCUGCCAAGACCAACCACAACGUCACCGAGCUUUUCCAGGAGCUGCUCAACCUGGACAAGAAGCGUGACAUGAGCCUCAACAUGCGCUCCAGCAAGCAACGCCGAGCCGACAAGCUGAAGGCCAAGUGCAGCGUCAUGUAGAGAUGGUUCCAAUGGUGGAGAAAGAAGGAGAAGAGUCAUUUCAGCAACGACAUGACUUGGAUGAAAAUGUACAAAAGUCACUCAUCACAUUAGUCCCAUUUCUUUGGAUCUGAAUCAGGUAUUCUUCGGUGCACGGUUGAGCAACAAGACUCUUUUCUCUUGUCAUUAGUUUAUUUGGCUCCUGUAAUGACCACUAGAAUCAGGGGAAGUCUAAACUUCACCCAGUCCCGUCCCAGUACCAUCUGAUUGAGUUGACUUGGACAUCUUCAGUAUUAACUUGUCCUUCUCUCUUCUCCACCUGCUCGUGCACAGCUUUCCUCAACCAGGUUUGUUUUCAGGCUGUAACAAAAAAAAUACUCAUCAUCAUGAUCAUGUAUAGGGCUUUGUGUCUCGUAAAGGAUUUGAAACUCCAAUAGAAAAACGUCUUGAACCGGUUAUGCACUUUAUCACGUUCUCAAUGGGCGAAUGAGACCACGAGCGCAGCAAAGCGGCCGCGUUAUCCAGCUCUUCCAAAUUCGACAUUACAGCAGCACAAAAGCAUGUUAGAAAUUCACAGGUUUGGGUUCACAGACUUUUCUUUGUUGGCUUUGUAAUAGUAAAAACAGGAAAACAUCAGUAGUGCAUGAUGCACAUUAGAUCAUGUAGAACUACUUUCCUACUCAUCAUGAUAAUAAAGCUGUCACCAGAUACAGAGCUUUACUCAAACCAAGCACAGCAACGCAGAUUUCUAGAUCGAAAGCAGUUUUUUUUCCGAUGUUGGUGGCACAUGAAAACCUGAAAUAUGCAUUAAUCAUUAAUCUAACAGAAACAUUUAACCUGUGUGUGAAUCUAAAUGUGUAUUAAUCUCAUUUGUGUUGAAGAGCCCUGUACAGUUCAUGUUCUCCCCCUUUAUUUAGUGUCGAUAUCUUCUGACUAUUUAAUGCCAUUGCUUUAGCAAUACAUUAUAUAAAAGCACUUUUAGAAUCUUGAGCACAUUCAGAACAUUACAAAUGAACCUUUACAGAAACGUUCUGUCAGACACUCUGCGUUUACAAUUUUAAAGCAGGUACAGUGUUUAUCUAAUAAUAUUAUGUGAAGGACCAGAAAUAUACAAAUAAAAAAGCACAAACAUAUGGUGUAAAAUAAAUAUUGGACUAUUUGUCUUGUUCCGUGGUUUUGAAAAUGACAAAUGCAACAUAAACUGUGAUGUACAUAUUAUUAUUAUUAUUAUUAUUAUUAUUAUUAUUAUUAUUAUAGGUUAAAAAAAGAAGCUUGUCUUGUAAGUAUGAGUAAUGAAUAAAUUUGCAUCACUUUAGAAAGGCAAUAAGAGAUAUAUUCAGAUCAGCUGUAAUUAUUUGCAUCACCUUUUUGAUGUAUUUAUGUUUCAUGAUAUGCUAAAUGAAAAUGCAUUAAACCUGGUUGGCAUUUA